AUGGAGUAUGAGCCCAUCCAGGGUCUGCCAGGCGGCGACCACAUUCGAAUUUUGAGCAUAGCUCCGAGCGCAAACUUGUCUGAUCCAAUUCACGUCAAGUUGUCGGUUGUCAAGCUGGCAGACGAGCCAUUUUUUAAUGCUCUUUCAUAUGUCUGGGGAACUAGCACUGAAAAAUUCUCAAUCACCUGCAACGGUGAACAGUUUGAUGUUACCGAAAAUCUGGAUUCCGCUUUGCGCCACAUGCGCAGCGAAGAUAACGAGAGGAUAGUAUGGAUUGACGCCAUCUGUAUCAACCAGAAAGACAUUUCAGAGCGCGGUUAUCAAGUCAGCCUCAUGAAGGACAUUUAUCGCAUGGCGAAUACCGUUGUCAUCUGGCUAGGAGAGGCCGAUGCGGACAGCGACCUGGUUUUCCCACUAUGCGAGAAGAUGAUUGAAACUAGACUCGACCUGCUAAAAGACAUUGAAUCUGGACUCGAUGUCGUAAUGGGCCCGAACCGAAAAGAGAUUUUGGAAAAGAUGAUGAGAGACGCCAAAAAGCGAAAUGCAGAUAAAGCAAGGGAAGAAGCAAAACUUGCGGACGUCUCGGGCACGGCCUCCGAUGAUGCCAGUCCAGGCCCGCAGACGCCUGAAGUUGAUGGCCCUGUUGCCGACACGGGAGGCGAGGAAGUGGACGUAUCAGAUGCUAGCGACGAAGAAAUUUCAGCCUUCUUGCGACUGAUUGCUCGCCCAUGGUUUACACGAUGCUGGGUUCUCCAAGAAGUCUGUCUUGCAAAAGACGCGAUUCUAGUGUGCGGUACCCAGGCAAUCGACUGGGAUCUUUUCUAUAUUGGCUUCACUAUCACCAUUUUUAUGAGCGAAAAGGGUCUCCGAGGCAGGCCAGAGCAGCUCUUUCGAACGGCGCUUAUAUUAAUCGGCACUCUACGGCCUAAAUUGAACGAUGAGAGUUCACCAUAUCAAGGCGCUGGUCUUCUGUGGCUCCUGAGAAGAGUAAUGUCACUGAAUGCGACUGAAGCUUACGACAAAAUUUAUUCCAUCUUAGGACUUCUUGGCGAGGAAGAGUCUCGCGAAUUGAAUAUAGUGCCUGAUUAUAUUCAAUCAGUUGAAGAAUGCUACCAGAAGACCUCUCUGCUAAUCAUGUCUCACAUGAAGAAUUUGGAUAUUCUCCUUACCGACCGCAAUUUUGACUCCACGAUGGACGUACCAUCCUGGGUUACAGAUUGGACAAGCUUGCCAGACCCCAGCCCCGUAUCUCUAGAUCCGCAUUCACUAGAUAUUAAGGGAGAGGAGGAAAAGCGACCAUUCAGCGCUUCGCUUUCUACCCAAUGGGCGCCGAUACUUGGCCCUGACGCAAAAACUCUGAUGCUAUCCGGAUACGAUUUUGAUGAAAUUAUACAAGUGGAAGAUAUUCUUACAGUUCCCGCCAUGGAUCAUACCGACAUUGCGACAAUGGGCACCUCUGUCUCAAAUUUCACAGGCUUCAUGAAACGAUUGUUCCUCGGCCUUGGUUCAUAUUUUGACAUUUUAGUGCAAUGGGAGACCCUAGCCAUGCCUAAAAAACACCCAAAGUAUCCAACUGGCGAAGACACAGAAACUGUAUUCGCCAUGACCAUGUGUACGGGAAGUAUAGAGUCGCCUGAACUAGCACUUGAGAGGUUUCGAAAGUGGCGAAAAACGCUUCGAGGACCUCGCAAGGUGGCUUUCCUGAAGAAUCUCGGCAUCAAUGGCGGCUUUUAUAAGACCAUGGUUGCGGCGGCGGGAAUAGGCACGGGGUUCAGCGUUGCUGAAGACAGGGUGUAUGCCACAGCAACGGAGACGACGCUAUGGCGACGAUUGGCUAGGACUAAGAAGGGAUAUUUGGCGGUUAUUCCCAGCCAAACUGUUGUUGGUGACCAUGUUGCUUUAUAUAAAGGUGGUAGAAUGCCGUUUAUUGUUCGUCGAUCAGGGGAAGGUGGCAAGAAAGAACUUAUAGGACCAUGCUAUGUUCACGGUAUCAUGUAUGGCGAAGGGUGGGAUGAGACGUUGUGCAAAGAUGUUGGAAUUGUUUGA